AUGUCGGGCUUCUCCUCCUUCACUAAGUCUUCAUACUCAUCACCAUUUUCUGCUACAUCAUCUUCAUCUCGAUCUCCAUUUUCACCCUCAAACCCUGCAUCACUGUUUGGUCAAUCCACAUCCUCUAGUCCUCUAUUUGGAGCACCUUCAUCACCGGCAUCAACUUCUCCGUUUGGAUCUGCUUUUGCACCUCCUUCAUCUUCUACACCGUCUUCCGCCGCCUCACCCAUUUUUGGUUUCGGCGCUUCCCUCGAUGGAUUGUUUCCGAUCGAGAUGUCUCGUGCAUUUGGUUCUACGAGUGCUGCUUUUGGGGCUUCUUCAGCUUCCAGUUCUACUAAAGCUACUGCGGUUAAUUCGCCUUUUCCUCCUGGCUUAUUUGCAUCAUCAUCUUCUUCUUCUUCUUCAGGAACAUCCAUACUGAAUUCUUCUUCAGUAUCAUAUGGGGCUUCUCCAUCAAUUACAUCCUCCGUAUCAGCAACAGCCCCAUCGCAGAUGACUACAUCAGCAGCAACAAUUAAGAGUAGCGCUACCUCUCCUUAUAUUUUGUCUGCUGGUUCAUCGCCAAGUCCAUCUUCUAAUCUCUCUUUGUCGAAUGUAACAUGUCUCAUUGAAAGAAUGAGUUUGCUACUUCCCCAGGUUCAGCCUCAAGACGACACCCCGGACGACGGCGGCGCGGCUGCGAUUCCUUUGCCGCCGGACUUUAUGCUCCGAUUUACAGCUAUGGAGCGUCAGAUUGACGCUAUGUACCAGUGGCAUCUUAGUCAGGGACACUUUCCCGAUGCUUCACGACCCCGUUGA